AUGCCUGCACGCACUCGAGUCACCGCGUCGCUUCUGUCGCUGCUGCCGCUGCUGCCGCUGCUGCCGCUGCUGCCGCUGGCGGCUGCCGGAGCCGCCGACGGCAUCCCCGGCUCGUCUCCCGCUGCCUUCGAGGAGGUUCAGAGCCACGGCGGCGGGUACCGGGUGGUCCAGUGGGAGUGGACCUACGUGCAGACCCCAUACGUCAUCGCCGUGUGGCUCCUGGUGGCCAGCGUGGCCAAGAUCCUGUUCCACCUGUCGCAGCGUUUCACCACGGUGGUUCCGGAGAGCUGUCUGCUGAUCCUUCUGGGUCUGGCGCUGGGCGGCCUGGUCCUGCUGGCCAGCGAGAGGCAGCCGUACCAGCUGGAGCCCGCCCUCUUCUUCCUCUUCCUACUGCCCACCAUCGUGGGCGACGCCGGCUACUUCAUGCCCGCCCGCCUCUUCUUCGACAACCUGGGCGCCAUCCUCACCUACGCCGUGGCGGGAACGCUGUGGAACGCUUUCUGCACGGGAUUCGGACUCCACGCCGCCAAGCUGAUGGGACUCAUCGACGAGCGCGUGCAGGCGGGCAUGAUGGACUUCCUGCUGUUCGGUGCCUUGAUCUCGGCCGUGGACCCGGUGGCCGUGUUGGCCGUCUUUGAGGAAGUUCACGUCAACGACACGCUCUUCAUCAUCGUCUUCGGAGAGUCGCUGCUCAACGACGCCGUCACUGUGGUGUUGUACAAAGUUUACAUUUCCUUUGUGGAAGUCGGCGUGGAGAACGUGCAGACGGCCGAUUACUUCAAAGGAAUCGCCUCUUUCCUGGUGGUCAGCGUGGGCGGCACCUUGGUGGGUCUGGUCUUUGCCGUCCUCCUGAGCUUCCUCACACGCUUCACCAAAAGGGUUCGAAUUAUCGAGCCGCUCUUCGUCUUCCUGAUGGUCUACCUGGCGUACCUCACCGCUGAACUCUUCUCGCUGUCCUCCAUCUUGUCAAUGACGUUCUGCGGCAUCGGCGCCAACAAAUACGUGGAGGCCAACAUCUCGCAGAAGUCUCGGACCACGGUCAAGUACACCAUGAAAACCCUGGCCAGCAUCGCCGAGACCCUCAUCUUCAUCUUCCUCGGCAUCUCCGCCGUGGACAAGUCCAAGUGGGCCUGGGACACGGGCCUGGUGGCCUGCACCCUCGUCUUCAUCUUUAUCUUCAGAGCUGCCGGUGUGGUGGCUCAGACCUGGGUCCUGAACCGCUUCCGUCUGGUGCCCUUGGAGAAGAUGGACCAAGUGGUGAUGUCGUACGGUGGACUGCGGGGGGCGGUGGCUUUCGCCCUGGUGGUCCUGCUGGACGACAAACGUGUCAAGGCCAAAGACUACUUUGUGGCCACCACCAUCGUGGUCGUCUUCUUCACCGUCAUGUUCCAGGGUUUGACCAUCAAGCCACUGGUCAAGUGGCUGAAAGUUCCUCGCUCCACCAGCAGGAAGCCCACCAUCAACGAGGAGAUACACGAGAGGGCGUUCGAUCACAUCCUGACGGCGGUUGAGGACAUCGCGGGACUUCAGGGCUACCACCACUGGCGCGACAAGUGGGAGCAGUUCGACAAGAAUCACCUGAGCAAGCUUCUGCUGAGGAAGUCGGUGUACAGGAAGAGCGAGCUGUGGGAGGCGUACCAGAAGAUCAACAUCCGAGACGCCAUCAGCCUCAUCGACCAGGGCGGAAACGUUCUGACCUCGGCCAGACUCUCGCUGCCCUCCAUGACCAGCGGGGCUUCCUUCCCGGACGCCGCCAACGUCACCAACUACCUGCGUGAGAACGGCAGUGGCGUGUGUCUGGACCUUCAGGUCAUCCAUAACAUUCCUGGUGGCAAAGUGGAGGAGGACAUGGAGACUCAUCAUUUCCUGGCAGAAAACCUCUACAAACCCAGGAGACGGUACCAGUCGCACUACAGCCGUCACUUCAUUUCGGCGGGCGCCAAGGAGCGUCAAGACCGCGAGGUUUUCCAGAGGAACAUGAAGAGCCGCAUGGAGACCGUCAAGUCGGUGCGACCCAAGCGGCACAAGAAGGAGCGAAACGCCAAGAAGCGCCGAGGUUCCGAGGACAAAGCCGGAAGGAGCGGCGGGCAGCGGGACAAAGAGCCCGUGGGGGUUCCUCUGGGCUCCGACGAGGAUGAGGAUCAAGGCGAGCGUUCCGACCCUGAGAAGGAGGAAGACGUCGGUAUCACUUUCAUCGCCGUGAAAGCGGAAACUCCCAAACGACGUCCCCACUCAGUGGCGGCCGACGCUCAUCUGCCAUGGAAAGGCGUGGGCGUGCUGUGGCCGCCGCCCUGCGUGUCCCUGGAGGCCACCAAGGUGAUCCCGGUGGACCUCCAGCAGGCGUGGAACCAAAGCAUCUCGUCGCUGGAGAGCGUCUCGUUGCCGAGACACGAGGGCGGACGGGCCCCCCGCCCCAUCUCUUACACGCCGCCGGGCGGCCCUGUCUCGCCGCCCCCGGAGGAGGACGAGGAGGAGGACGAGACCAGGCCGCUCGUGCCGUCUCUAAAAGCGGCGCUAAAGCCGCCGCCCCCCCGCGUGUACCUGAGGAGCCUGGUGACGGCCCCCCCGCCCCCCGGCAGCGAGGACCCCUGUGGCCGAGGCCCCACCCAGCUCUAAGCGUGCCAGGAGACAAUUGUUGUCAAUCACUGUAGGCCUGCAAAAUAAAAAAAAAGCAGCGACGCUCCCCAGAAAGGGCCACCGUUCCCUGGAGAUGUCGUGAGGAGAGGCGGCCAAGCGCUUCAUUUGGCCAAACAACAACAAAGCUAGCUUGGCAACUCUGCGUGCACUUUUUUUUUUUGCACUGGCACAUGCAAUGAUCUCCUCCAAUGUAUUUUCUUGUGGGAACAGAACUAAACAGUAAAAUGAUGCGUAUGACACAAAA